CUCCAUAUAAAUUUUCCUCCCAAAAUUUUCUUUCCUCCCCACAUUUUUUAAUAGCUUAAGUAAGUGCUUGUGAAACCGUAACGCCGGUCAACCAAACCUCAUAUGAAAAUUCAAGUCGGUAUAGAUUUUUAUCAAUUCAAAACGAUUGAACCACGUUUAAACCAUAUUUUAAAUACAAAAUAGCCUACCAUUGACUUAUGCACAAAUUUACAACCUCGGAUUUUCCGAUCCUGCGCGAAAACAAAAGCAAUUGGGCCAGAAACUCUGUUUUGUCUCAAUGCCAUGGGCCCAAGCUUGCGAUGAGGUGUGGGCGUAGUCUGUUAUUCCUAGUCGCAAAGCGGAAGCAGGCCCAAUGCACAGCCCAUUUGUUGGCAAUCCUCUGAAUAUUACAACAAAAUUAGCCUAGCAUCUUCCCCAGCAGGAGAAAAAACCGCGGCGACCGCUGAACAGCCGGCGACGAAGGCAGAGUAUUCACCUCCCACUCUCCGAUCGGCCAACGACUGAACUCAAAGAAGAAUCAAUUUUGAGACUCCCAGGUGAUUCGGCCAACUCGUUUGUCAAUCUUAAACCCUAAAUGUCAGAUUCCUCAAUGUUCAGAAUCCGAAUUCAAUCCAUUCCAAUCGCUGGUUGCAUAGGGUUUCCUGUUUCUUGCUUUUUCAGGGUUUUCUUCCUAAAUGUGUUUCCGCGAAUUGAUAUCAGUUUCCCGGAGCUUAAAUUUCUUGGUGGGUCUUUUUCACCACAGACGACAAUCUCGGAAACAAUGUUCCAUUUCACCUCGAGGCUUUGCAGAGGUUUGAAUCUGAAGGAGCUAGUCACUAGUGCCCCUGUCUAUGAAACCUUCACUGAUGGGUCCGCCGGCGGCGGCCUGAACGUGAUGUUCCGUCGAUGGGCUACAAAGAAAACAGCUGGAUCCACGAAGAACGGACGGGACUCCAAGCCCAAGAACCUGGGAGUUAAGAAAUUCGGUGGGGAGAGGGUGAUUCCAGGGAACAUCAUAGUUCGUCAGCGAGGGACACGAUUUCAUCCUGGAAAUUACGUUGGAAUCGGAAGAGAUCACACUCUGUUUGCAUUGAAGGAAGGAAAUGUCAAGUUCGAGACUCACAAGCUCAGUGGCCGGAAAUGGGUUCACAUUGUCCCUAAAGAAGGCUAUGAUCUCCACCCGGUUUACGCCGACGGAAGCUCUGCUUCCUCGGAGAUGGCGAUGAAGACCUCCUCUUGAAAACUUUCAAAAGGAAUCGGUCUGGUGUUAUCAAUAACCCUCUUUGUACUUCUUUGUUCGUCUCUUUCAUGUACUUUGGAUUUGUCAAGAGGGAAAGGACAGAUUUUGUAGAACAAAUACACAUUUUGAUUUCAAUACUUGCAAGCUAUGCAUUAGGAAAAAAUGAUCAAUUACAGUGGUGGGAGGUGGAAAGAAUUUGCAGCCUGUUUCUGAAAAACCAUAAACAAGCUUUUAAAAAAUCUAAAGAAUCUCG